AUGGCCUCCGCCAGCAGCCUCCUAUAUGAAGAACAGCUCCUGUGUUCAAUCUGUCUGGAUGCAUGCAAUGAACCUGUCACUACUCCAUGUGGACACAACUACUGCAAGUCUUGUAUCACAGGGUACUGGGUCAGCAGUAACCAGAUCCAGUGUCCCCUUUGUAAGAAGAAGUUCCACAAGAGACCUCAGCUUCAGGUCAACACGGAGUUCAGAGACAUGGUGGAGCAUUUCAACAACAUGAAGGUGAGGGGUGAAGAUGACAUCCCUGCCAAACCAGGGGAGGUGCCCUGUGACAUCUGCCUUGAGCCGAAGCGCAAAGCCCAGAAGACGUGCCUGGUGUGUUUGGCCUCGUACUGCCAGACUCACCUGGAGCCUCAUCAGAGAGUCACAACCCUUAAAAAACACCAGCUGAUUAAUCCUGUGUCAAACCUUGAGGACAGGGUGUGUAAGAAGCACGACAAGAUGUUUGAGUUCUUCUGUUACGCAGAACAAGUGUGUAUUUGUUCCAUGUGCCUGAAAGACAAUCAUGCAACACAUGGCGCUGUGCCAUUAGAGCAUGCGUUCAGAGAGAGGAAAGCCCAGGUGGGCUCUGUGACAUCAGAGUUAAAAAAUAUGGAAAACAUUAAAUCUAGGAAUAUUAAGGAAAUUAAAAGCUUCCUUGAAAGAAACAAAAGAAGGUCAGAGAAAGAGAUAGCAGACAUUGCUGAGGUUUUCACUGUUCUGCUGGUCUCUCUGCAAAGAAGCCAGGCUAAGCUGAUUGAGGUGAUCCAGGAGAAGCAGAAAGCAGCACGGAAGGAGGCUGAAGACCACCUGACAAAGCUGGAGCAAGAAGUCGCUGAGUUGAGGAGGAAAAGAUCUGAAAUGGAACAACUUUUACAAACAGACGACCACCUCCGCCUCCUGCAGAGCUGUCCAUCUCUCUCCGCCCCUGCACACACUGUCGUAUCCGAUGCUCUGACCCAAGCCACCAAGCCAAUAGACCUCACUGACAUCAGUCAGCAGAGCUUCGUGGAGAAGGUGAAAAAAGCAGGUGCUCAGGUGAAAAAGAUGCUCAGUAAUAAGAUAGAGAUGAUUAUUCAUGAGGUCAGGUUAUCUGAUGGUUGUGAGGCUGCUGAACGGCCUGACAAAGAAGUGUGGUCACCACCUGAGGACAAGCUGAUGAUGAUCCAGCAGUGCAAUGCAAUGGAUGUGACUCUGGACACCUACUCAGCCAAUUCCAGACUCUUGGUGUCUGCGGAUGGGAAACAACUGAGAUUUCAUGAAGGUCCACCGUCUGCUUUUUUUGGGAGAAGAUUUCAGCAUCAUGCCUUCAACCUUGGGAAAGAGGGUUUUUCCUCAGGCAGGUUCUACUAUGAGGUUCAGGUCAGUGGGAGUAAAGGCUGGCUCUUGGGAGUGGUCAAAGAGUCCUUAAACAGGGAGAUAUUUCACUAUCCCACUCCGGGGGACGGAGGCUGGACACUUGGUGGAUUCCACGAUCAAAUCCAAGAGACAUGUUUUGUUACCUCUGAUUGCUCUGCAUCUCCAUACGUGAGGCAAAGGCUCCAGAAAGUUGGUGUGUUUGUUGAUUAUGAGAAGGGAGAGGUCUCCUUCUAUGACGUGGAUGACAGGAGUGUGAUCCACUCCCACACAGGCUGUGACUUCAUUGAGACCCCACCAGUUUUAAAAGCCCUUCUUUAUUCUAUGGCUGGCACAUCUUUAAGUGGCAGACAAAAGCUCUACCCUAUUUUUGGAAUCAUCCAAGAUGAUUCUGACAACAUGCUUGAAAUCACUCCAGUAACUUGGGCAACCUAA